AGUUUCACACCUCUUCAUCAAACACUACACAAGCUCAGCAGGCAGCAGCCAUGGAAGAGCAGCAGCAGAAACAGAGCAAGUGGAAACUAGAGAGAGGGCAAUACCUAGGAGAAAUAUCAGCUCUCUGCUUCCUCCACCCUCCUUCUAACCUCUCUUCUCUUCCUUUUUUCCUCGCUGGCACAGGAUCGCAGCUGCUGCUAUAUAAUUUAGAAUCAGGAAAAAUAAUAAAAUCCUUUGAAGUUUUUGAUGGAAUUCGUGUUCAUGGAAUUACUUGCAGCUCCAGUGAAGAAGAGUCAUCGAACUUUCCUUCGUUAACUGUUUCUUUCAAAAUUGCUGUCUUCGGUGAAAAAAGACUCAAACUUUUCAACUUACACAUUCAAACUCCUUCGCAAGUGAAUGCAGAUUUAGCUUUGAUUCAUUGCUUGCCCAAGUUCACCCAUUGGGUCUUGGAUGUUUCCUUCUUCAAGAACUCUGCAGUCUCUUCAAGUCAGGAAGAGAGACAAUGUCUUGCAAUUGGAUGUAGUGAUAACUCUGUCCAUCUCUGGGAUAUGUCGUUGUCCAGUGUAGUUCUUCAAGUUCAAUCUCCAGAGAGAUGCCUUUUGUAUUCCAUGCGGUUAUGGGGUGACAGUUUGGAAACUUUAAGAAUUGCUUCCGGUACCAUAUUCAAUGAGAUCAUUGUUUGGAAAGUGGUUCCUGUAGAACCUCAACCUGAUGGGCUGCCUUCAACAAGUCUCUUGGAAGAUGAUAUGUAUUUGAGCUGUUCAUUACCCGACUCUUUCCAGCUUCGUUUUCAGCAGCAUAAAUCAGCUCAUAUGUGCCGACUUAUUGGACAUGAAGGCUCAAUUUUUCGCAUAGCAUGGUCCUCAGAUGGAUCCAAACUGGUUUCCGUCUCUGAUGAUCGCAGUGCUCGUAUCUGGGCAGUUAGGGAUGAGCCAAAAGAUUCAGAUAACAGAGAGGAGGAGGUUGUAGGCCCUGUUCUGUUUGGUCAUAAUGCUAGAGUUUGGGACUGCUGUAUCUGUGAUUCUGUAAUUGUCACUGCUGGUGAAGAUUGUACAUGUCGUGUAUGGACAUUGGAUGGCAAACAGCUCAAGAUGAUUAAGGAACACAUAGGAAGAGGUAUAUGGCGUUGUUUGUAUGAUCCAACCUCUUCACUCCUCAUUACUGCUGGAUUUGACUCUUCAAUGAAAGUGCAUCAAGUGUCUGCUUCUAUUUCCCAGAGCUUGGAAGGACAAAUUGAAUCAAAACCAUUCAUUGACAGAAUGGAGAUAUUUACCUGUCGCAUUCCAAAUUCAUCUGAAUAUAUUGGUCUCAUGGACAGCAAAAGUGAAUAUGUACGUUGCUUGCAUUUCACAUGCGAAGAUACUCUUUAUGUUGCGACGAACAAUGGUUAUCUGUACCAUGCUAGAUUACAUGGAACUGUGGAUGUAAAAUGGACAAAGCUUGCUCAGCUCAGUGAAGAGGUGCCGAUUGUUUGUAUGGAUUUGCUGUCCAAAAAACUCCCCAAACAUUCCAAUGGAGUUGAUGACUGGGUUGCUUUAGGAGAUGGUAAAGGAAACAUGACAAUUGUGAGAAUUAUGGGUGAUGUUUUCACUCCUGAAGUGGGUUUCACCUUCACCUGGUCAGCCGGGAAAGAGAGACAACUCUUAGGAACCUAUUGGUGCAAGGCAUUGGGAUGUAGGUUCAUUUUUACUGCUGAUCCUAGAGGAAUUUUAAAGCUAUGGAGGUUAAGCGAUCCUUUACCAUCUGGUUCUCUCACUUAUGGAAGAACUUUUGAUGCAUCCCUUAUAGCAGAAUUCACAUCAUGUUUUGGAAUUCGGAUUAUGUGUCUAGAUGCGUCAUUUGAGGAUGAGGUGCUGGUAUGUGGGGAUUUGCGUGGAAAUCUGGUUCUUUUCCCUUUGUCAAAGGGCUUGCUGCUGGACAAACCUACUCUACCAGAAAUAAAAAUUUCACCAUUGUGUUAUUUUAAAGGAUCUCAUGGAAUAUCAACUGUAUCCAACAUUUCUGUUGCUAAAUUGAGUUCUAACACGAUUGAAAUCCGCUCGACUGGAGGUGAUGGUUGCAUAUGCUAUUUAGAAUAUGACCCAGACCAGCGUGGUUUGGAAUUUAUUGGGAUGAAACAAGUAAAAGAAUUGAGUUUAGUUCAAUCUGUCUCUGCCGAUAAAAACUGCCUCAAUGAUUUGGCUAAUUGUGGAUAUGCUAUUGGUUUUGCAUCAACAGAUUUUAUAAUCUGGAACUUAAUAAGUGAGGCAAAGGUUGUGCAAAUUCCAUGUGGUGGAUGGCGACGUCCUCAUUCUUAUUAUCUUGGUGAUGUACCAGAGGCAAUGAGCUGUUUUGCAUAUGUCAAGGAUGAGAUAAUCUAUAUUCAUCGAAAAUGGGUACCAGAAAGAGAGAGGAAGAUAUUUCCCCAGAAUUUGCACAUCCAGUUUCAUGGGAGAGAGAUGCACUCCUUAUGCUUUGUUUCCAAAAAUACCCUUGUUGAGGCAAAUGGGAAGAAUUUCCAGUAUGAUAGAUCUAGUUGGAUUGCUACUGGGUGUGAGGAUGGAACUGUGAGGUUGACUCGGUAUACUCCUGGAGUUGAGGGUUGGCUUACAUCAAAAUUGCUCGGGGAACAUGUUGGUGGAUCUGCUGUGAGAUCAAUAUGCUCAGUAUCAAAGAUGCACAUAAUUGCUUCUGAGUUGACCAACUUGUCAGAUUGGACAAAGAGACAAAACACUUGUGCAGGGGACAUGGAUAAUCCUUUCUUGUUAAUCUCAGUUGGGUCAAAACGGGUGCUAACUUCUUGGCUACUGAGAGAUAGGAAUCUAGACAAGGAAAAUGUAUUUAUUGAAAAAGAAAAAAUAGAAAACGGAAAUGGCUAUAAAGCUUUGUCAGAAGUAUCCUCAUUGAUGUCUUUCAAAUGGCUGUCAACUGACAUGCCUCCCAGAAAUUCCAGUUCUCGUGGAAAAACAAAAGUAGCUGAGAAGAUACAAGGAAUAACCAAAGAACUUAAUAUGAAUAUUGAUGUAACAUCAGGACCACUUUUACUGGAAAAGGGAGAGGGAUAUCCAAAAAUUUCUUAUGAUGAUAAGUAUGAGGAUGACUGGAGAUAUCUGGCUGUCACUGCUUUUCUGGUGAAGUGUGCUGGUUCCAGGUUGACUGUCUGUUUUGUUGUUGUUGCUUGCUCAGAUGCAACACUUGCACUGCGAGCUCUUGUUUUACCACAUCGGUUAUGGUUCGACGUGGCUUUGUUGGUUCCUCUAUCAUCACCAGUUUUAACAUUGCAGCAUGUCAUCAUUCCUAGCUGUUUGCCUUUUGAAGAGAACAUUCGAAUUGGAAAUGUGUAUAUUGUGAUCAGUGGAGCUACAGAUGGAAGUAUUGCCUUUUGGGAUCUAACUGACAAUAUUGAGGCUUUUGUUCAGCGGUUAUCAACACUGAACAUAGAGAAGUCCAUAAAUUGUCAAACACGGCCACGCACUGGAAGAGGAAGUCAGGGUGGACGAUGGUGGAGAACAUUAAGCAGCGGUGUGCCUAAAAAUAGACCAGGUGAUGGUUUAGUUGCAAUAAAAGCUGGAGAGAGGACCAACUGCAAUUUGGCAAAUCAUCCUAUGAAUGAAGCAUCAACAGCAGCAAGUGACGCGGAAAACUGCACAAUAGUUUGUUCUCAAGCUGUAGACAACACACAUCAUGAACCAGAAGUGAAUAGUGUCAAUUCCUUGCCAGGAAUAUGUGAAAUAAGGCCUUUCCAUGUCUUCAAUAAUGUUCACCAAUCAGGGGUCAACUCUCUUCAUAUUUCAGACAUUCAAGAUAUUCAAAGUUCUGAAAAUGGUUUUGCAUUCAGUGUAAUAAGUGGAGGCGAUGAUCAAGCACUCCACUGUCUUAAAUUUGAUUUGUCACCAUUACCAACAGGGAAGGAUUCUGACAUCGUGACAUCAAAUCUCAUCAAUUUAUUCACUAGUUCUGAAAGCAUGAAGAAUAAUUGUUAUAGACAAAGCCAGACAAACAAGUACAGGAUCAGAUUUUUAUAUCAUGACCGCAUCAUCUCAGCUCAUAGCUCUGCCAUAAAAGGUGUUUGGACAGAUGGCGUAUGGGUGUUUUCUACUGGUCUUGAUCAGCGCAUCAGAUGCUGGCUUCUUCAGGAUAACUGUAAAUUAACUGAACAAGCUUAUUUGAUCAUUAGUGUUCCAGAGCCAGAAGCACUGCAUGCUAGAGCCUGUGGCAGGAACCACUACGAAAUUGCAGUGGCUGGGAGAGGAAUGCAAAUGGUUGAGUUCUCCGCGUCUUAGGCUGUGGAUGGGAGAGAUGCAGGUGGUUUUGACAAUUGGGUUCUCCCACGUUAAAACUUUUGACAAUGGUGCUAAUUGUCUUGGUAUGACCAUGUGCACCUUAAAGUCUCCUAUGUUAACACUCAAUGUUGACAUAGCGACGUGCUGAACAUGCCAGCUGACUCUCAACACCGAAAAGCACUAGUUGGGGAAUCAAUUUUUGAGAAAAUGGUUCCUGGCAAAACGAGGCCUGUAGCCUGUUUUCCAUUCCUUCUCAUAUUUCCAAUUUGCUUUUCACCCCCAUUAAGAGAAGGGUGGGCAAAUUUCCGACAAAUAAGCGACAAGAUCCCAUUGACGUGCAUAAUUUCAGAACCAAAAAGAGGACCGGGGAUCUAUCUGGGGCUUACAUGUAAAUCAAACCAGUUUGUUAUUUAAGAUUUGGUUUCAUUUUAUAAGUUUGAAAUUUCGUUGUAUGUGUGUUUUGAAUCAUUGAAUUCAGUAAAUUCUUGGCA